AUGGCAGUGUCGACACAUAUACGAGACCGUCCCUCCGACGAAGUUGCCGCGUUCCGCUCGCCAAACGAAGCAUGGUCUCACGCUGCAAGAGACCCGGCACCACGUCGAGACUACCUACCCCUACCGCCAUCUCCGCUUGGACUCUCAAACUAUGAUGCUCUCGACGUUGAAGAUAAUGGUGAUGCGUUCGACCCGUACGCUCAUCUUGACGACGAAGAUGAGCCGAUACCAAAUCCAUACGAGGAUGACGAUGAGGUGCCUUUCUCGCCUUCUGCCGUCACUUCUAGUUCAUCCACCACAGCAUACACCAACAAUACACAUGCCACGAGCAUGUUCUCCGACUUCAACGUGUUGGGCCACGAAGAACCAGUUGUUGGUGACUACGACCAGGUAGAUGAAGGGGCAGACGCGUUCAGCGCCUACACUCGCAUCAACGUCGCCGGACUUUCCCGCCCUAUUCGCAACAUCGCAGUCCGCAUCCAAGAGAACAGACUCAUUCGCCAUGUCGCCAAACUUCCGGCCAAUCUUACCAACGAAAUCAGUGUCACCGGAGAUGCUCGCCGUGAACACCGCGGCCGCUACGUCGCCAAACUUUAUGCCUACAGCACGGACGAUGGCUUCUCCUGA